ACACACCGAGCAUUCUGCGGAUACGCGGAGAGAGAUCCUCAGCAUCCACUUUAAAGAUCUGAUCCGAGUUAAUUAGAUUAGAUUAGAUUGGAUUGGAUUACACCGGACCGCGCGCGCGUGUGCUUUUGUGUGUGUGUGUGUGUCAGUGUGAGUGUCACUGAGUGUGUACGAGCUCCCUGCAGUCUGCCUGUCUGCGUGCGUGUGUGUGUGUGUGUGUGUGUGUAGUCAGCAGGAGAUCAGCGCUCGAGCUCACACUUCUCAUGCAGGUCGCGUCGUCUGGCUACAUCAGGACCUGCAUCUGAUCACCGUCUGAUGCUCUUGUUUUUUUUUUCUUCUUCUUCCCCCCUUUUUUCAUUUUUAAAGCGCGUAUCAGACAUCAGACACCUCUCUUUGGUGUGUGUGUGUGGUUUGGGAAAACACGGUGUAUGUGCAAGAGAGAGAGAGGGAGAUGAGCAGCGUGCGCUGAAUGUAAAUCAGAGACUCAGAUCGGAUGCUCGAGUGAUCGGACAUUGAGAGAGGGAGAGGGAGAGAGAGGAAGAGCAACACCGCAUUAAUUAAACAUCAGCCCUCUUUUGCGCGCGCAUCUGCUCUGGAAGAGACAUCUUUUUUUGUAUUUUGGUUUUUACGCGCGCGCACACAAACACACACACACACACACACACACACACAUCCGCGCGAACUCAUGGCUUCGCUGUACCAGAGGUUCACGGGGAAAAUCAACACCGGUGCGUCGUUCCCCGGUCCCCCGGAGGCCAGUCGGCUGCUCGGUGCGCGCGAGAAGGCGAUCAAGAGCCCCCCCGAACCCCGGCACGAGCGCCGCCGCGAGACCGCGCGCGAGGAGGAGGACGGGCUCAUGAGUAAUGCGCCUUCUCAGAGGAACUGGAAGGGAAUAGCUAUCGCUCUGCUGGUCAUCCUGUUCAUCUGCUCUCUGAUCAUCACCUCCGUUAUCCUGCUGACGCCACGUGAGGAUGACAGCUUGGCCUCCAAGAAGAAGGUCACAGUGGAGGAUCUGUUCAGCUCUGAGCUCCAAGUUCAUGACCCCCAGGCCAAGUGGCUCAGUGACACCAAGCUGCUGUACCGCAAUCGGGACGGAGACGUGGUCAAGCUUGAUGUGGAGACCAACAGCACUGAGGUUCUAGUGGAGAACAAGAUUUUUGAAAUGUAUAAAGCCACCAAGUACCAAGUAUCUCCUGACCUGACUCACAUCCUGCUGGCCUACAACAUCGUCCUACUGUAUCGUUUCUCCUACAAGGCCUCUUAUAUCAUAUGCAGUCUGAAAACUCCGGAAACGGUGGUUUUGUCACCUCCUGAAGUGCAGAACACGACGCUGCAGUUUGCAGGUUGGGGUCCGAAAGACCAACAACUGAUCUUCAUCUUCGAGAACAACAUCUACUACCAAGCCUCAGUAAGGGCCAAACCCAUCCGCCUGGUCACCACGGGACGUGAGGGCGUGGUCUUUAACGGAGUCACAGACUGGCUGUAUGAAGAGGAGAUCUUCAGGUCUCACAUCGCACACUGGUGGUCCCCAGAUGGUCUCCGGCUCGCCUACGCUACAAUCAAUGACACUCUGGUGCCCAGGAUGGAGAUCCCCACGUUCACUGGCGGCCUGUACCCUGGAGUACAGGAGUACCGCUACCCUAAAGCUGGAGAGGAGAACCCUGACGUCCACGUGUCGGUUGUGAGUCUAAACGGGCCCCUACACACCGUCCGUAUGAAGAAGCCAGAGGACCCCAGGAUCGGCAAGGAGUAUUACAUCACCAUGGUGAAGUGGGCUACCAGUACCAAACUGGCGGUGAACUGGCUGAACCGCGCACAGAACAACUCCAUCCUCACCCUGUGUGAAGCCACCACAGGGAUCUGCACCAAGAAACAUGAGGAUGAGAGUGAGAGCUGGCUGCACAGACAGAAUGAAGCUCCGCUGUUCUCCAGAGAUGGCCUUAGGUUCUUCUUCACCCGUGCAGUGCCACAGGGUGGUCGAGGGAAGUUCUACCACAUCUCCAUGUCCACCUCACAGCCUAACAGUAGCUCAGACACUCUGCAGUCGUUGACGUCGGGGGAUUGGGACGUUACUGAGAUUUUAGCGUACGAUGAGGACACACAGCUGGUGUAUUUCCUGAGCACGGAGGACAAUCCAAAACGACGACACCUGUACAGCGCGUACACCACGGGUUCGUUUAACCGCCGCUGCCUGUCCUGCGAGUUCGGCUGCGGCUUCGUAAGCGGGACCUUCAGCCCCGACGCCAACUACUUCCUCCUCAACUGUAAAGGUCCCACAGUGCCCUACACAGCCGUCUACAGCACCCGAGACCGACUCUAUCAGAAGCUGCUGGACGUGGAGACCAACGAGCAGCUGAACUCCAGCCUCAGCUCCAUGCAGAUGCCCAGAGUGGAGUAUCAGGAGAUCACCAUCGAUGAUUACACUUUGACCAUCCAGAUCCUGAAACCUGCGGCGUUUACGGACACGGCUCAUUAUCCCCUACUGCUGCUGGUUGACGGUACCCCCGGUGGACAGGUGGUGACAGAGCAGUUCCAGGUGGACUGGCCGAUGGUGUUGGUGAGCUCCUACAGCACCAUCGUGAUGCGGUUCGAUGGGCGGGGCAGCGGCUUUCAGGGCACCAACCUGCUGCACCGGAUCAGGAGGAAACUCGGAGAGUUCGAGGAGAUCGACCAGCUGGAGGCGCUCAGCAUCAUAACUAAAGAGUCGUACAUCGACAAGAGCAGGAUCGGAGUGUACGGGCGGGUGUAUGGUGGAUACCUGGCCACCCUCCUGCUGAGCUCCGAGGACUCGCUCUUUAAACACAACUUGAAGUUUAAAUGUGGUGCGGCCGUUUCACCCAUCACCGAUUUCAGUCUCUACGCCUCGGCGUUCUCCGAGCGUUAUUUAGGAUCUCCGCGAUCCAAUCCCAGAGUGUACGAGAUGACGAGUUUAGCUCAUAGAGCAGGUCAGCUGGAGGAGAAGAGUUUUUUAAUUAUUCACCCGACAGCAGACGAAAACGUUCACUUCCAGCACACGGCUAAACUCAUCAACUAUUUAAUAAAGAAGGCGGCCAAUUACACACUGCAGAUCUACCCUGACGAGGGGCACCUGUUGCAGUCCGACGUCUCCCGGCAGCACCUGGACCAGUCGCUCGUCAACUUCUUCGAGGUGUGCUUCAGGCCGCCGGAGAUGAUCACGGAGGAGGAGCUGGAGCAGGAAGAGGAGGAGGACGGCUAAAAUCGGCGAACGCGAGAACACAAACUGCGAUAAUGUUUAUUUCUCUAAAAAAAACAAACAAACAAAAAAAAAUAUUAUAAUAAAACCUGCAUCAUGUAAUUUUUCAUCCUCCCCAUCAUCAUCAUCAUCAUCAUCUCCAUGGUUCAGGAUGGAGCAUCUGCAUGGAGCGAUAAGGCCUCACCUCUGAGAACUGAGGAGGGACGAGAGAGAGACAUUUCCUUCCUCCCAUUCCUUCCUGAUGAACCUGGACAGCGCCCUCGUGUGGGCAGAGCUAGGAAUUACAGCUGUGUGGAGGAUAAAUAUAGCACAAAAUGCUGCAGAGAGCAGUGCAGGACAUUUCACGUGUUACAGAGAUUACCGUGUUUUCCAGAUUGUGUGUGUGUGUGUGUGUGUGUGUACAAUCAUCAUUAAGCUAAUUAUCAGUAAUAACCGUAGCAACGCCACGACCAGGAAAAAAACGUAUCCGUCGUCUUUGUUUGUAAGUUUCUAUGUUGCGGCACAAAGUCCACCAUGUUGACGGCGUCCUGACAAACAGCACAAAUGAAGGCAGAACUGAGAUCCAGGACCGCUGGAAAACCCCAAAACAUGUUUUCUAUCAUAUUCAUAUAUAAAACAAAUCAAAGCUAUGAGUCGUAUACGCUACAUAUCAGUGUUAUAGCUUCAUGUCACAAACCGGGCGGUUUGAAAUCUGCGUUAACAUGAUCUGGAAAACACGGAGAUACCGAGACUGGAAAAGUGUCUGUCGUCCCCAGUGUUGUCCUACGUCCUGGUCCUGGUCCAGUCCAGACGCCGGAGUCAGAAACGACUCGUGUGCAGGUUUUAGGGGCGGGGCUUCGUCCGAUCUGAUUUUUAAAAGGGGCGGGGCAUUCUAAUGCUCUAAUUUCAGUCACUGUGCCUUACUGGAGUAAAGCUGUAACACACACACACACACACACAAUACAGGUCUCAGAAUCCACCCAUCAGUACACGUGUUUAAUCAGACCUCACACACGUUCCCCGUAGAGGAGCUCCAGUUCAUCACUGACCAGAUCAUAACAGUGAUAAAUAUCUAAUAACAAUGAAAACCGUGUGCAGCACAAGUCUGAGUGUGUGUGAAAACUCAAAACUUCCACCUUUGGCAGUAAUUAGCGCUGCGUUUAAUCUGAAUCAUAUCCAUCAUUCUGAAGCUCACUCCGGUUAGCGAUCAUCAUGAUCAUCACCACGUGUUAAACAGUCUGGUUUUCCUUCAACCUGCACAAAACCACAGUGUUGACGUCUGCAGCAAAGUCAAUCGGUUUCCUUCACACAGACGCGUGACGAUGCUCGGGAGGUCUUUUUUAUUUGCUUCCUAGCAUGCUGGACUUCAAAGGUCUGUGUACUCGUCUGUUUUUGUUGUUCUGCUGUUUUUGUUUUUUCCUCGGCGCGUUUUUACGUGUUGUGGUUUGGGACUGUCUGGACUUGUCUCUGUGGAAUCGUGUGUCGGUGUACAGAUGUGUCACGCUGCAGCUGUUUGUUCCCUGGUGUGUGUAAUACGUGUACAUAAAGCACUUUAAAAUCU